AUGGUCGUUGGUAGCUUGGCAAAGUCACUUUUUAGGUUGAUUGUCGAUACAGUUUACUGUGCCCCAUCGAAUGAUAGUGGCCGCGACAAUGGUUUUGGCAGCCACUAUGUAUGGGCGGGGUCUCUAGAAUCAGGUAUCCAGAUUGCGUCGAACCACAAGAAGCCUGUGAUGGUAAUAAUCCACAAGUCUUGGUGCAGAGCUUGCAAAAAUUUGAAGCCGAAAUUCGCGAGCUCACCCGAGAUCCAGCAAUUGAGUAAACACUUUGUGAUGGUCAAUUUGGUGGACGAUGAGGAGCCCAAGAGCAGUAGCUAUGCUCCCGAUGGAUCAUACAUACCCAGAAUCUUAUUCAUUUCUCCCAACGGCAGAAUAGAUGGUGAAAUAGUAAACGAAGAAGGCAGCACCCAGCAUAAAUAUUUCUACAGUAAACCAGAGCAGAUCGCCAGAUCCAUGAAAAAAGUUCUCGACAAAUACAAACAUGAACGGUUUGAUGUAUGA